AUGCACUAUGUUUUCAGUGUUGCCGUAACAAUCAAAGCAGCAGCUGUUGCUGGAGAUGUGCACGCUGGCAGUGAAGAGCUUAACAUCCCAAUUACUGACAUUGAUGCCAAUGUGAAAUAUUCAGGUAAAAAUUAUGAAUGUUCAGAGCUGAAGUCAUAUUUGUGUGUGUUUCUGUGUGUGAUUUCAGAUGCACAGUAUAUCACCUGCAGGAUGCAGAACUGCACUGAAGCUGUAAGAAGCAAGCCUUUUCCUGGAUACAUUGAUUCUGACUCCCUCAUUGUCCAAGAUGAUUAUGUAUUUGUUCAGCUGACAUCUGGAGGUCGGCCACAUUACUACGUGUCUUACCGCAGAAAUGCUUUUGCGCAGAUGAAACUUCCGAAAUAUGCUUUGCCAAAGGACAUGCAUGUUAUCAGCACUGAUGAGAAUCAAGUGUUUGCUGCAGUUCAGGAAUGGAACCAGAAUGAUACAUACAACCUUUACAUCUCUGAUACCCAGGGGGUUUACUUUACCCUGGCUUUAGAAAAUGUCAAAAGCAGCCGAGACUUAGAAGGCAAUGUGAUGAUAGACCUCUAUGAGGUAGCAGGUAUAAAGGGAAUGUUCUUGGCUAACAAGAAGAUUGACAACCAAGUAAAAACUUUCAUCACCUACAACAAAGGCAGAGACUGGCAUUUGCUGCAGGCCCCGGACACAGAUCUGAGAGGAAACCCAGUUCAUUGCCUCCUACCAUAUUGCUCCCUCCAUCUCCACCUGAAGGUUUCAGAGAAUCCAUACACUUCUGGCAACAUUGCCAGUCGGGAUACAGCUCCAGGCAUCAUUGUGGCCUCUGGUAACAUUGGAUCAGAGUUGUCAGAGAAUGAUAUCAGCAUGUUUGUUUCAUCUGAUGCUGGAAACACCUGGAGACAA